AUGUUUCAACUGCCAGUCUUGAAUUUUAGCCCCCAGCAGGUAGCGGGAGUCUGUGAGACUUUAGAGGAGAGCGGAGAUAUCGAACGCCUGGGUCGCUUCCUCUGGUCGCUGACUGUCGCACCCGCCGCCUGCGAGGUUCUCAACAAGAACGAGUCGGUGCUCAGAGCGCGCGCCAUCGUGGCUUUCCAUACAGGGAACUUUAGCGAACUCUACCACAUCCUGGAAAACCACAAGUUUUCCAAGGAUUCGCACUCAAAACUGCAGGCUCUGUGGCUUGAGUCGCACUACCAGGAGGCGGAGAAGCUGAGAGGCCGCCCGCUCGGACCCGUCGAUAAAUACAGGGUGAGGAAGAAAUUUCCCUUGCCAAGGACUAUUUGGGAUGGAGAGCAAAAAACACACUGCUUCAAGGAGAGGACCCGACACUUGCUCAGAGAAUGGUAUCUUCAGGACCCCUAUCCAAACCCUAAUAAAAAACGGGAGCUAGCUCAAGCCACAGGACUCACGCCAACGCAGGUGGGAAACUGGUUCAAAAACCGCAGACAAAGGGACAGAGCAGCAGCCACGAAGAACAGGUUACAGCAGCAGGCGCUGUCCAAUGGCACAAUUCGAUCGCGGACGGAGGAGAACGCCGCUGGAGACCGGCUGGGCGCUGCGUCCAGCCCCGAAAGAACUGUGCCUUGCCAAGCCGGUGCCUCGGCGCUCUAUGUCAGCUCCAGCGACAGCGAAUGUGACAUCUAUUCAUAAUGGCGACGAGAAAAGGGAACUAACCGAGACGCUAACAUAAGCCAGCAAACUCGCCUUAAGUAUCUGAAGAGUCUAUCCGAAGGCUGCCAACUCGUGUGGGUAUCCAAGAAUGCCUGGGUUUACAAAUUUCCACAGCAUUUCUUAUGAACACUUUGAGCAGACAAAUACUACAGGACAAAAAAAGGGAAAGCACUCUGAGUGGAUAUUUGAACCACUGA